UGCAGUACCGUACCGUUCUUCCGACUAUCAUUACCAACUCCACAUAGCCGUCAUUCGAUUGCCGUCACGUCACCCGGCAAGCUUCCAGUAAUCAUAAAAAGUCUUUUUGACAAUAUUUUGGUGAUAAAGAAACGCACGUUGUACUCAUUGAUCAAAUCUUUAUCGCGAAAUGUGACGAGAUCGUCAGAUAUAAUCAGAGAUCGUUGAUAACGUAACUCCACAACCUUUCUUGAAUGUGAAAAAUACUUGAAAUAAUUAUCAUAAUUGUGUUUACUCAUCAAGUAGUGACAAAGUGUUGGUGUAAUUAUUAUCAAAUUACAAAGAAUAUCAUCAAGAAAUAAUACAUCAAGGAAAUGAUACGAACACAUCGAUAAAGAUAGUAAUGGAGUAAUAUAGAAAUGAUCGAACCAAAUGAAGACACUAUGAAAAAUGUAAACAUCGACGUAUCCUUCAAUAAUCGUGAGACUGAGAAAAUGGACAUUGGGUUCGAUAUUCCAUUAUGAUAAGCAAUGAAAUAAUGAGCUUAGCCCAAACCCAAAAACAUUGAAAAUUCACAAGGCGGCAUUAUUUUCUCGCAAGGAUGGUCUUCAGUACAAUAAUAGUGACGUCCGCCUUAAAAGGUGCUAUCGGCUUAAUGGGCACGAGUCUAUGGCUUGUACCAUUGUUAAUCGCGGGUCUCUCUUACUAUCGCUACGAUCUACUGGAUCCAGAGAGCCGACCUAUCGAUAAAUAUCCUUUACACUCUAAUUAUGAUUUCAUCGUGAUUGGAGGUGGGUCGGCUGGAGCAGUAAUUGCCAGUCGACUCUCGGAAAUACCGGACUGGAAUGUGUUGUUGCUAGAAGCUGGUCCAGACGAGAAUGAGAUUACGGACGUUCCGUCUCUCGCCGCGUACCUGCAGUUGACCAAACUGGAUUGGAAAUAUAGAACUGAGGCCACAGGUAAGGCUUGCCUGGCCAUGAAAGGCGGCCGUUGUAAUUGGCCUCGCGGUAAGGUUUUGGGCGGAAGCAGCGUUCUCAAUUACAUGCUAUACGUGCGCGGUAAUAAAGAAGAUUAUAAUCAUUGGGAGUCAUUAGGUAAUCCUGGUUGGGGAUACGACCAAGUUCUCUACUACUUCAAAAAAUCAGAAGACAAUCGAAAUCCAUAUUUGCGGAGGAGCCCUUAUCACGCGACGGGCGGUUAUCUUACGGUUCAGGAAUCGCCAUGGAAGACGCCUUUAGUAGUCGCUUUUGUUCAAGCUGGUGUUGAAAUGGGAUACGAGAAUAGAGAUAUAAAUGGCGAAAAACAGACAGGCUUUAUGAUAUCGCAAGGGACUAUUCGCAGAGGAAGUAGAUGUUCCACCGCAAAGGCUUUCUUGCGACCUGUCCGAUUACGUAAGAAUAUUCAUACGGCUAUGAAUAGUCAUGUGAUGAAAAUCGUUAUCGAUCCGUUGACUAUGAGAGCGACUGGCGUCGAGUUCGUCAGGAACGGUCGCAGGCAGAUAGUGAGAGCACGCAAAGAAGUCAUAUUGUCAGCAGGUGCUAUCAACAGCCCUCAGAUCUUGAUGCUAUCAGGGAUUGGACCAAAAGAGCAUUUACGACACGUUGGUAUUCCCGUCAUUAAAGAUCUCCAAGUUGGUGACAAUCUUCAAGAUCAUGUAGGCAUGGGCGGUUUGACGUUCUUGAUCGAUAAACCAGUCGCCAUAGUUCAAAAUCGUUUUCAGGCGGCUCCAAUGAUGAUGCAUUAUGUGGUUAACGGCAGAGGUCCCAUGACAACUUUGGGUGGCGUUGAAGGUUACGCCUUCGUAAAUACAAAAUAUGCCAAUAAAUCUAUCGAUUAUCCGGACGUGCAAUUCCACAUGGCGCCAGCCUCUAUUAAUUCCGAUGGAGGAGUACAAGUUCGAAAAGUUUUAGGGCUGACAGAGGAAGUGUAUAACACAGUUUACAGGCCGAUUAGCAAUCGAGAUGCCUGGACCAUCAUGCCUCUUUUGUUGAGACCUAAAUCUCGUGGUACUGUACGUUUGAGAAGUUCCAAUCCAUUUCAUAGUCCCGUCAUCAACGCAAAUUACUUCUCCGAUCCCAUGGAUAUUGCUAUUUUGGUAGAAGGUGCAAAACUUGCGAUUAAAGUUAGCGAGGCAAAAGUCUUUAAGCAAUUCGGCUCGAGAAUUCAUCGCAUCAAAUUACCGGGAUGCAAACAUCUUAAAUUCGGCACCGACGCUUAUUGGGAAUGUCAUAUUCGUCAUAUCUCUAUGACAAUUUAUCACCCUGUAGGUACUGUUAAAAUGGGUCCGCCAACCGAUCCCACUGCCGUAGUGGAUUCAAGAUUACGAGUUUACGGUGUUGAAAGUCUUCGAGUUAUCGAUGCGUCUAUUAUGCCGACAAUAUGUAGUGGUAAUACAAAUGCUCCUGUUAUUAUGAUUGGCGAAAAAGGUGCUGACCUCAUUAAACAAGACUGGUCGGCCAUCGUCAACAGUGCCAUUGGAUCACCUCAAUUACUGAUGUUGUCGGGUAUUGGGCCGGCCAAACAUCUUACCGAACUCGGCAUAAAUGUUAUACGGGACGCGCCGGUCGGUGAGAAUUUAAUGGAUCACGUAUCUUACGGCGGGUUAACAUGGCUGAUAGACGAGCCGAUAAGUUUGCGACUGAGUGACAUGAUAAACCCCACUCUUCCGUAUAUAUCAGACUUUCUGUUAAGACGAUCGGGACCGCUCACAAUGGCAGGUGGAUGCGAAGCUCUUGCUUUUAUCAACACCAAGUAUCCAAAGAAACGUAUCGGUUUACCGGAUAUCGAACUGUUGUUUUUCGGUGGUUUGUACAAAGGAGAUAUUGUUUUUCCGAUUAUACACGGUCUCGACACUCGAAUGCGUCAAGCAUCGAGCAAAUAUAUCGAAAAAUAUGGUUGGACUAUAUUACCAAUGUUGUUGAAACCAAAGAGUCGCGGACAGAUAAAAUUAUUAGCCAAUGAUGUCAACGUUAAACCCGAGAUCGUGCCGAAUUAUUUCGAUAAUCCGGAAGAUGUCGAAACAAUGAUCGCCGGUAUUAAAGCCGCGAUGACCGUCGGUCAAACAAAAGCGAUGCGGAUGUUCGGUUCGCGAUUGAUAAACGAUACUAUUCCCGGAUGCGAAAAUUAUGAAUAUGAUUCUUAUGAUUAUUGGGAUUGCGCAGUAAGAACGUUGUCUCUCACUAUCUAUCAUUAUUCUGGCACUUGCAAGAUGGGACCAAGAGGAGAUCCAACCGCUGUUGUUGAUCCCAGACUAAAGGUAAUCGGCGUUCAAGGAUUGCGAGUAGCAGAUGGUUCUAUCAUGCCAGAGAUUAUAUCGGCGCAUACUAAUAUACCUAUUUACAUGAUUGCUGAAAAACUAGCAGAUAUGUUUUACAGGACUUUAUACAGUAUGAAGAAUUUAUGGCCAUUCAUCAUUAUCAUAACAACUGGUAGCGCUCAUAUUUUCUUGGAUCUCAAAAAUGUCUAUUCAGUUGGAAAAGAUUACGGAUUUACAAGCAACACUAGAUAUGAUUUUAUCAUCGUAGGAGCAGGAUCGGCAGGUUCCGUAUUGGCCAAUCGUCUAUCGGAAAACAAGAGAUGGAGAGUUCUAUUACUGGAAGCAGGAUACGCGCAAAAUCUGCUUAAUCAGAUUCCGAUAAUGGUUAGUUACUUCCAAUUAACCAAUUAUAAUUGGGGUUACAACACGGAACCCCAGAAAAAUGCCUGUCUGGGGAUGAUAAAUCAUCAAUGCUCCUGGCCACGAGGUAGGAGUUUGGGCGGCACGAGUACUUUGAACUAUAUGAUCCAUACACGAGGAAAUAAGUUUGAUUAUGACAAAUGGGCCAGUUUGGGCAACGUGGGCUGGUCUUACACGGACGUUUUACCAUAUUUUAAGAAGAGUGAAAGAUUCAAUAUACCAGACAUCAAGAACUCUUCGUUUCAUAAUGAUGAUGGUUAUUUAUACGUGGAAUAUGUACCAUAUCACACAAAACUGGCGACCGCCUUUUUAAAUGCCGGACAAGAAUUGGGUUAUCAAAUCGUAGACUACAAUGGUCUAGAUCAAAAAGGGUUUUCGUAUAUCCAGGUAAACAUGGAUCAAGGAACGCGUUGCAGUGCCGCUAAAGCCUAUCUUGAGCGAAUUAAUCGACCAAACUUGGAGAUUAUCACUGGUGCGAGAGUGACUAAAGUACUAAUAGAUGCGGAUAAACGCGCGUACGGCGUCGAAUACGUCAAAGAUAACAUAUGGAAGAAGGUGACCUGUUCGAAAGAAGUUGUAUUAUCAGCCGGUACAAUUGAUUCAGCGAAAUUAUUAAUACUGUCGGGAAUCGGACCGAGAGAACAUCUUGAAGAACUGAACAUCCCAGUAGUUCAGGACUCUAAGGUCGGUUACAACAUGUACGAGCACAUUGGCUUUCUGGGAUUAACUUUCAUGGUGAAUCAGAGCGUGUCAUUGCUGCAGAGCAAGCUCCUUAAUGCUAGCGUGUUUUUGGAGUAUAUUUUGCACAAAGAUGGCCUUAUGACAAUCCCAGGAGGUGCCGAGGCACUGGCAUUCAUCAAAACCAAAUAUGCUCCCGACGAGAGACCGGACAUUGAGCUUCUCUUCGUAUCCGGCUCUUUGCAUUCGAACGGUCAAGUCUUGAAAGAGGCCUUGAGAAUUUCAGAUGAUGUGUAUAACACCAUUUAUAAACCGAUCGAAAAUCAAGAUGCCUGGUCGAUUUGGCCAAUCGUUCAGUAUCCCAGAAGCGUUGGCCGCCUCACCUUGCGAUCAAAGGAUCCAUUUGAGUCGCCUAAAAUGGAUCCAAAUUUCAAUCAUUCUGCCGAUCUAGAGAUCAUUUUAGAAGGUGUGAAACACGCCAUCAACAUAUCCAAGACCAAAAUCUUUCAGGCUUAUGGAAGUCGAUUGCAUGAUUUUAAGAUACCAGGUUGUCAACAAUUUGUGUUUGCUUCCGAUGAUUAUUGGCGAUGUGCCAUUAAGCAUCUACCAUCCAUGAUGAAUCAUGAGAUAGGGACUGUUAAAAUGGGACCGGAGACGGAUGCUUACGCAGUUGUCGAUCCGCAACUAAGAGUAUACGGUAUUAAAGCACUCAGAGUAGCAGACGCAUCGAUUAUGCCCACGAUACCCAGUGGCCACGUAAAUGCGGGAAUAUAUAUGAUUGGCGAGAAAGCCGCGGACAUGAUCAAAGAAACAUGGAAAAGCGCAUUGUAAAGUCCACUCUUUAUGAGAAAUUCAAGAAUAAUUUUAUUGUUUCGGUUACCAAACGAUUUACAUAUAAACUCAUACUGCUAAACUUACAAUAAAAUUAAAGAUUAAAAAGAAAGUAAUAAGAAAAUCGUUGGACGAUUUUACAUCGAUACCUCAUUGCCGUUUCAAUUAUAUGAUAAACAUAACAAGUAAACUGCAUAUAUAAAAUACUGCCAAAUUUUUUAAGUCAUUAUUAAAAAAAAGCAAAUAUGCAAAAACAGAUGACAGGAAAUGUACUUGCGUGGAAGCUAGGCUAGAUAGGCAUUUCCCACCAGAUGUGACUUGAUGUUUUGUGUGUG